AUGACCAUCUUUAGCAUCCGCAUCGACCCAUACCGCAGCACUCGGGCAGCCCAGUUCGUCUUCGACGACCUGGCACGCAAGACGGCGGCCCUAACUGCUAUUGGCCCCGUCUGGCUGACCCUAGGCGGCGUCACGGGGUGCGUGUUCCCGCCAGAUCCCCAGUCGGGUCUCCUCCCCGAAUUCUCCCACACGGCUGACACUGCACCCACGACGGCGGUUGGAGGCAAAACGGUAUCGGUUGGUAAUUACCUAGAUGACUCGCCGUGGUACGUGAGGCGGUAUGACAUGCAUUUUGUCAGCCACUCUCAGCCACAUAUCAUCAACGCUGCCAUAUUCAAGGUCAAAGUCCUUCGAGACUUGCGACCGAAGAAGAUCCGGAAAGUCGACUGA